CAUGAAAUGAGCAGUUCACAGAUUGACUGAGACACACCAGUACCUCAAAUCCAAGAGAUUCAAAACUUUCAUCCAAGGUAUUUGGAAACUCUUUGCUGGAAAGAAUGAUGAGAAAUAUGUGCGUUCUCAUCCUCCUGCUGCUGCUCCCUCUUCCUCCGGCAGAGCUACAACUGAGAACUAGUCCCUAUAUAGGUCCAUAUGGAAAAAAUAAGAACUACAAGAGAAGAAGUACCUGGACGAGUGUACAGACCUUCUGCAAGAAUCGUUUCACUGACAUGAUCACCAUCCGAGAUGAAGAGGACAAUAAGAACUAUUACAGUGCUCAUGGCUGGAUUGGUUUGUACCGAGAGAACUCAACCUCUGAGUGGAAAUGGUCCAGGAGAGACGAGGUAGCCAACUUCCUCAUCUGGGAAGACGAUCUUCCAGACAAUGGGGGGAACUGUGCGUAUAAGAAGAAUGGAAAGCUUGGAUGGCGCAGAACUUCCUGUGUUGGCUCUCACUAUUAUUUGUGUCAAAACGAAAAACUGGUUCUUGUGAAGGAAGAGAAGACCUGGGAGGAGGCAUUGAUGCACUGCAGGGCUCUUGAGGCGGCAGACCAAAGUAAGCCAGCCUCUGCCUACAACAACCACAGGUAUGACAUGGCAACCCUGCUCACGUCAGAUGACCACAAGUUUGCACAAGAGAAGUCACACAAUGCUACGACUGAUGAGGUUUGGACAGGCCUUCGCUACCUGGCUGGUUAUUGGCUGUGGGUGGGUGGAGAAGACGUUAACAACAACGAUCUUCAAAGUUGCCCCGUUGACGCCUCCUGUGGCGUACUCCCAAAGGAAGGCAGUGAAUUCUACUCCAUUAGAUCGUGCCAUGAGAAACGAAACUUCCUCUGUUACAAGAAGCCUUAAGCAAAUCCUACUCAAUGAACCCCUGACUUAAAAGAAGUCCACCUCUUCCUCUCAGCUUCAUGUUUCAAUUCUGUGAUCAAGCUCUCUCUGCGUAGUCAGGGUCAGGGGAGUGUCCAGACUUUUCUGACUGGGGUGGCUCAACGGGGGCGCUGACUUAUAUAGUGGUGGACUGAAGUGUGACGUGCACCCUUUCAAACCUCACCAAUCAUUUCUACUUUAUAAAACAAGAUAGCAGAAACAUUAGAAUAGUUUUUUAAUGACAGAAAAAGAAGAUUUAUAUGUUUUAAAGUAAA